CCUCCCAACGACUGCGGAAAGGCUCAAGUAACGGGCGAAGUUCUUGAUGGCAGUCACUACAGAAUCAACGCAACUUUCAUAUCUGAAAGGGAUCCCAUCAAGAAUGCCAAAGUUGACUCAACGUCAACGGUGUACGCCGUCGCACAAAUAGGACUCAAAGGUGGCAUUUUCCAGUACACAAACGCACUAAAGGUACUCGGCAAACCAGCAUCAAAGCUCACCUUCGACGAGGCAUUCUUCUGUUACAAAGGAGCAGUUUUGGUCGACGGUGAUAAAUGCCGUAAGGAAUUCCGACGACUUCGUGAUGAUCCGAUACGAGAACGUCUCUGUCCUCCUGGGUCAUUCUUCAACACUAGAUUGGAAGAAUGCGAACUUUGUUCGAUCGGAUAUUAUCAACCUGAUGCUGGUAGGAACACUUGCUUGAGAUGUCCAGAUGAGCGGUCUACCGGUGCGGAAGGAGCAGUUCAGGAAUCAUCUUGCAUUCCUGUGUGCCCAGCCGGUUUCUUUUUUGACUACAACUCAGCUAACUGUGAACCAUGUGGUCUGCGCGGAUUCCAACCCGAGAGCGGCACUGACAAGUGUAUUCCUUGUCCACCGACGAUGGUACCGCUCUACUUGAACUCAACAAGGAUUGAACACUGCCUGGAGAAAUGUGCCGAUGGUUGGCAACGUUCAGCGGAUGGACACCGAUGCGAACCGUGUCCACUGGGUUCAUUCAAGUCCCAAGACGAUGCAGUUUGUAUGCAAUGUCCGGCUGGAUGGUCUACUCUGAACAAAGGGUCGAAGCACUUGAAUGAGUGUAAAAUCAAAAUCUGCUAUCCUGGCACUUUCCUGAAUGCCUCAACGUUCCAGUGCUCACCUUGCGAUUAUGGUCUCUACACAGACGAGUAUGAUAGCCGAAUUUGCAAAUCCUGUCCGGUCAGCACGACCACUUAUCAAACAGGCUCGAACACUAUCACUCAAUGCUUAUCUACCAAUCAAUGCAAGUCAGGAGCCCAUACAUGCCACUGGUUGGCGGCUUGCAUGGAUAUGCCAGACUCUGAUCACAAACCAAGAUAUUCCUGCAAAUGCAAACCAGGUUAUGUGGGUAACGGCAAUCAGUGUACAGAUGCCUGUGAAGGACUUUGCAUUAAUGGAGCUACAUGUCUGAAGACUGGCCGUGGAGAGACACGCUGUCUAUGCCUGCCGGGAUACACUGGAAGACGAUGCGAAAGCAGACUUUGA